UUUACUUUACCAUUUCUCUUUGCUUAACAUCUCUAUCUUCCUCCUCUUCUUCUUCUUCUCCUUCUUCUUUUUAAUUAUUAUUAAUUUGUUUCCAUGGCGGUUUUGCCUUCAAGCUCGUCUAGCUUGGAGUUGACCAUAUCUAUGCCUGGCUUUGCUUCGUCCCAGUCUCUUCCUUCAUCUGUGAGGAACUUGGACAUAAACCAAAUACCAUCAGGAGGAGCAGAAGAAGAAUGGAUGACGAUGAAUAUGGAUGAUGAAGAGGAAAGCAGCAACGGAGGCCCUCCCCGCAAGAAACUCCGCCUCACCAAGGAACAAUCUCGUCUCCUUGAAGAAAGUUUCAGACAAAACCACACCUUAAACCCCAAACAGAAAGAGGCUUUGGCUAUGCAAUUGAAGCUGAGGCCACGGCAAGUUGAGGUGUGGUUUCAGAACCGUAGGGCCAGGAGCAAGCUGAAGCAGACAGAGAUGGAAUGUGAGUACCUGAAGAGAUGGUUCGGGUCGCUGACGGAGCAGAACCGGAGGCUUCAGAGGGAGGUGGAGGAGCUGAGGGCCAUGAAAGUGGGUCCUCCGACGGUGCUCUCGCCCCACAGCUGUGAGCCCCUUCCAGCAUCCACUCUUACCAUGUGCCCCCGCUGCGAGCGCGUGACCUCCACUUCCCACGAUAAGGGCCAUACCAAGAACACCACCGCUGCCGCCAUGUCCGCCAACGUUCAAUCACGACAAUCUCCGGCGACUUGUUAAUUAUCAUGUGUAAUUAAUGUGGUACCCAAUUAAGAGAAAAAAAAGGAAAGGUUAAUAGGGUAGACAAUGUUCAUAGGUUAAACAAAAAAAACAAAAAAGAUCAAAAACAAAAUCAAUGUGCUUGGGAUGCUGU